ACAGAUGUCAACAUAGAAGAAGGCGAGAUCGAGGGCAAAGUAACCAUCUUCAAUGGUAACAACAAAGGAUAUCCAUGGAUGGUUUACAUUAGUACUUGUGUUGCUGUGUGUGGUUCAUAUCAGUUUGGAGCUUGUGCAGGAUACUCAUCGCCUACUCAAUCUUCCAUAACUUCAGAACUUCAUCUAUCUACUGCUCAGUUCUCACUUUUUGGGUCUAUACUGACAUUUGGUGCGAUGUUUGGUGCUAUAACUAGUGGACCUUUAGCUGAUUCGCUUGGUCGAAAAUGGGCCAUGAGAGUUUAUGUUGGUUGCUGCAUAGCAGGGUGGUUAACUAUCUAUUUUUCCAAGGUACCUGUUUACAUUGCUGAAAUAGCACCUGUGAACAUUCGAGGAGCACUUACAACAUUAAAUCAGGUCAUGAUCUCUACUGGAAUUGCAGUUGCAUUUCUCAUAGGCUUAGUUAUAUCAUGGAGAGCAUUAGCAUUAGCAGAACUAUUUCCUUGUGCAAUUAUGCUGUUGGGCUUAUUUUUCAUUCCAGAGUCUCCAAGAUGGUUGGCAAAAAGAGAACAUCAGGAGGAGUUCAAAGCUGCACUUCAGAAACUCCGGGGUUGUGAUGCAGAUGUAACCCUUGAGGCGGCUGCAAUACAAAGUUGCAUAGAGGAGCUCAAACAGCAACCCAACGCUAGCAUCUUUGACUUGUUCCAGAAAAAAUAUGUGCAUUGUGUUACUAUUGGAGUUGGGUUGAUGGUACUUCAACAAAUUGGAGGAAUCAAUGGGAUAUGUUUCUAUGCAAGCAACAUUUUUGAGACAGCAGGAUUUUCCCCAAAGAUUGGAACAAUUGUAUACGCGCUGAUUCAGGUACAAGUUCCAUCUGUCGGAGCUACCUUGAUUGAUAAAACAGGAAGAAAGCCGCUGCUAUUGGUUUCAGCAAUAGGAUCUGCUUUAGGUUGCAUGCUAACAGCUAUUGCUUUCUAUCUCAAGGUGCACCAUGGACACACAAAAGCAGGGAUACUUGCAGCUACUGGUAUACUGUUUGUAUUUGUGGAAGAUUUUUCCGAUAAAUUUAAAAGGAGUGGCGGGAAGUCUUGCAACACUCGUAAAUUGGUUUGGCGCUUGGGCUGUCUCUUACACAUUCAAUUUCCUUAUGGAAUGGAGUUCUUAUGGUACCUUCUUUCUCUUUGGAGUGAGUAAUGCACUGGGAAUCAUAUUUGUCAUCAAGGUGGUGCCGGAAACAAAUGGCAGAACUCUGGAGCAAAUCCAGCUCACUAUUAAAGGAUAAUAAAAGAGUACAUGAUUUUAAA